AUUCAGCACAAAUAUCAAUGUCAUAGUGACGGCUUCGAAGAAAACUUUUUUUUACGUUUUUCAUAUUUUGCAUUCAUUACAUUCAGGGUAUAUCUUGUUGUGGUUUCGCUUCAACUAAUCAAAGUGUAACAUAUGAAUAAAUGAUUAGUCAUAAACAUAAACUGAGCAUAGAGAUGUGACAAAGGCUGUGUGGUUCCAUAAAUUGUGUAUGUGUUGACCAAGUUGUGAUUUGUUGUUUUUUUCCUCUACUGACGCAAACAAAAAUCGCGAAAAAAAUGGCAAAUGAAACGCCCGUUUUACAUUUGGUUGUGAUUGGUUUUCAUCAUAAAAAAGGCUAUCAAGUUGAUUAUUCAUAUCCGCCUCUGUUUGCUGACAAACCGAGCGAUUCAGUUGAGUGUCCAGAUGGAUGGAAAUAUUUACCAACCUUGGCUUUACCAGAUGGUUCGCACAAUUUUGCCGAAGACACGGUUUUCUUUAACUUGCCCAGCUUAAAAGAUUUACGAAAAACUGUCUAUGGCAUUUCAUGCUAUCGUCAAAUACCUGUUGAGAAAUUAAAGAUUAAAGCAGUGGAAUAUACACGGAGUACUGUUCAAAAGGCGGUGUGUGCACUUGUAUCACGACCAUUAUAUGGUUAUAUCGAAGUGAAGCUAUCAUUGAUUGCACAAUCGUUUUUCGACCAAGGAGAUUUUUCAAACACAGACAUCAUCCGAACAGCAUACGAUCAUUUAAAUGUUUGUUUAAUUGAGAAUAACACUUCGUUGACAUCACAAAUCCACGUUGGAUUGUCGAUCAGAGAUAUAGUAUUAAGAUGGAGACAUAAAACGCUUAUUUUAUUCAAAUUGAUGUUACUUCAAAAGAGAGUUGUGUGUUUUGGUUCUCCCGUUCGUCCAAUAUGCACAUUAAUUUUAGGCAUUUUAUCAUUACAUCCAAAUUUGUUGGAAUCAGGGUUCGAUGAAGCAGCAUGUGUGAGACCAUCGCGGCCAAUUUCACCAAUGCCUGAAUUUGCUGAUGAAAAUGACAUUGAUUCAACGCAGGCGAUCGUUGAUGCAAUUAUCGAAGACGAAGAGCUUAUAAAUGAGCGAAAAGUGUCAGUAUGUUUACCAGAUCCAUCGAUUAGAGAUAACAGUUUUAAUGAAUCGAAAGCAUCCAGUGAUAUGAACAGUGAUAAACCCCAAGUAUUGCCCCGCGAUAUAAGUGUUGAUGCUUUUGCCAAUACACUACAAACGCUGACAAAUAUUGAUCCAAUUGCAUGGAAUGCACCCAUACCAAUUUUCACAAAUGGAACCUUGUGUUUGCCAUAUCUCUCUCUAUCAUAUUUGGACUUGCUGAGCGAUCCAUCCGUAAAUGGAUUUAUAAUCGGAACAUCGAAUAUACUGUUCCGACAAAAGCGUCAACUAAUGGAUAUUUUUAUUGAUGUUGAACAAAUUGCGAUCGAAGCAUACGAUCCAGAGUUACGGCGACAAAUAUCACUUUCCACCGAAGAUUUGCGAUUCAUUGAUUUCAUCGUACGAAAUGUACAAUUUCCAAAAGAAGAUGCUGAAGGCAGCGAACAAUGGAUUCGUAAACAAUUCCAUGGUUAUAUGCUGGCAAUGUUGCGAACGACCGUUUUAGCACCAGAAGGAUCAAAAGAUAUUGAACACUUUAAUGGACAUUUUAUGAGCACAUGGAAACAAACCGACGCGUAUAACGCAUGGUUAACUAGCCCCAAAUCAGUUGAAUUCAAUUUCAAACAAAUUUAUAGCGGCCAUCCAUUCGCUGGAACACUUUCUGUUGGAGAUAUGAAACUAAAACUUGCUCAAACCAUGAACAAUAGCGAAAGUGCUCGAAAGCUGAAUCAAGCGAUGAAUAACACGAGCAAGGCUGUUGUAAGCUCAAUAUCCCAAGCUAAAGAAGCAUUUUCAAGUUUUUGGUCAACAUUUACAGCACCACAUCCGGCCGCACCGACAACAGAGCACGUGAACGAAACACAAAUUAAAGUUGAUACCACAGACGCAGAGCAGCAAAGUGACGUGACAGAACCAAGAGAAGGAGUUAUCAAACAAAUUGCAAAGAAAUUGCACAACAGCGAUCUGAGCUUGAAACAGGACAAAGACACCUCGGCAUCGCAUCACGAGGGCAUUGUCGAGAUUGGCCGUGAAGCGAAUACGCUUGAUGCAAAAAUAAAGAACACAAUUAUUGAUAUUUGAGAUAGCAAAUGAUAGAUUUUCAUAUUUAAGCAUCACUGGAUUCUAAUCUAAUGUUUUGUGUGAAUUACUCUAGAAAUAACUCUAUUUAAAAAGUAAACAAAGACAUUUUUAAUGCA